GAGAGCGGCCGGCGCUGAGGGGCGGGCGGCGGGGCCCGGCGGCGGCGAGGGGCCCGGCAGCGGCGGCGUCGCCUGUCGGCCGAGGCGAGCGGGGCGCCCGAGUGUCGAGGUUUGCCGGGCGUCCUCGCGUCUGAGGCGGGAGGCGGCAGAGUACGAAUGACCCCUUCUGUCUGCCGGGGUUUCCCCUGCGCUUCGGGAACUUUCUGAUCGCCGAGGCUGUGGUGAGGAAGAGUCACACAUCCUCCAGGGAAGAAACUUAUGCAAGAGAGAAUGUGAAAUUAUCUGUACUUAAGAAGCUUACCACUGUAGUGUGAUAAACUGAGAUAAAUGUUCCUCUCAUUCUCUUCUCUUCAGCUCUUUGCAAAGCACUUUAAACAAAGACUUGGAUCUUCUGUCUAAUAAACAAAUAUGAGUCAUCUGAAGUUGUUUGCAGCUACGCUGAAGUGGCAUGGCAUUAAACUUCUGGAAAAACAUGAUACAGCCAGAAAGGUAUUUUUCCAUGGCCAACGAUAUGUUUCAUCAGGAAUCUCAGAACCAUUCCUGAGUGGGAGUAAUUCCAAUUAUGUGGAGGAAAUGUAUUAUGCAUGGCUUGAAAACCCUAAAAGUGUGCAUAAGUCCUGGGAUUUGUUUUUCCGAAAUGCUAAUGCUGCCCAAGUGUAUGACCCACACUUACCAGAUCAGUUAGAAAGAAAGGCAUCAUUCCUUCAGAGCCAUGGCCUGGCCCAGACACCGGGUAAAGCUGAGAAACUUGUUGAAGAUCACCUUGCUGUGCAGUCUUUGAUACGAGCAUACCAAAUUCGUGGCCAUCAUGUGGCUCAGUUAGACCCCCUUGGAAUUCUGGAUGCAGACUUGGAUUCAUUUGUUCCAUCUGACUUAAUCACUACAAUUGAUAAACUUGGGUUUUAUGGUUUGCAUGAAUCAGAUUUGGACAAAGUCUUUCAACUGCCCACAACCACCUUCAUAGGAGGAAGUGAGACCAGUCUUUCUUUACGAGAGAUCAUCAGACGGCUGGAGAAUACCUACUGCCAGCACAUUGGCCUGGAGUUUAUGUUCAUCAAUGAUGUGGAGCAGUGCCAGUGGAUCCGACAAAAAUUUGAGACACCGGGUGUUAUGAAGUUUACUAAUGAAGAGAAAAGGACUUUGUUGGCAAGGCUGGUGCGCUCAAUGAGAUUUGAAGACUUUCUUGCUCGCAAGUGGUCUUCAGAAAAACGAUUUGGUUUGGAGGGAUGUGAAGUAAUGAUUCCUGCACUCAAGACCAUCAUUGAUAAAUCCAGUGAAAUGGGAAUUGAAUAUGUUAUAAUGGGGAUGCCUCAUAGAGGUAGACUGAACGUAUUGGCUAAUGUCAUCCGAAAAGAGCUGGAGCAGAUCUUCUGUCAGUUUGAUCCCAAACUUGAAGCAGCUGAUGAGGGAUCUGGGGAUGUAAAAUAUCAUCUGGGAAUGUACCACGAGAGGAUCAACCGAGCAACAAAUAAGAAAAUCACUCUGUCCCUGAUGGCUAACCCUUCUCAUUUGGAAGCAGUGGAUCCUGUUGUGCAGGGGAAGACUAAAGCAGAACAGUUUUAUCGAGGAGAUACGGCAGGAAAAAAGGUUAUGUCCAUAUUAUUACAUGGUGAUGCUGCCUUUGCAGGGCAGGGAGUGGUUUAUGAGACGUUUCAUCUUAGUGACCUCCCAUCUUACACCACAAAUGGCACUAUUCAUGUUGUGGUCAAUAACCAGAUUGGCUUCACCACAGACCCCCGAAUGGCUCGUUCGUCUCCAUACCCUACUGAUGUUGCUCGUGUGGUAAAUGCUCCUAUUUUUCAUGUGAAUGCUGAUGACCCUGAAGCAGUGAUGUAUGUGUGCAGCGUAGCUGCAGAAUGGCGAAACACAUUCAAUAAAGAUGUCGUUGUUGACUUGGUUUGUUACCGUAGGAGAGGGCACAAUGAAAUGGAUGAACCAAUGUUCACCCAGCCUCUAAUGUACAAGCAGAUUCAUAAGCAGGUGCCAGUGCUGAAGAAGUAUGCUGACAAACUGAUUGCAGAUGGGACCGUAACGCUACAGGAGUUUGAGGAAGAAAUUGCAAAGUAUGACAGAAUAUGUGAAGAAGCAUAUACUAGAUCCAAGGAUAAUAAGAUUCUACAUAUUAAGCACUGGCUUGAUUCACCUUGGCCUGGAUUCUUUAAUGUGGAUGGAGAACCCAAGAGCAUGUCUUGUCCCCCAACUGGCAUUUCAGAAGAUCUUCUGACUCACAUUGGCAAUGUAGCUAGUUCAGUGCCGGUCAAGGACUUCAAAAUACAUGCAGGACUCUCUCGGAUUUUGAGAGCCCGCCUGGAAAUGACCAAGAACAGGGUUGUUGAUUGGGCCUUAGCAGAAUACAUGGCUUUUGGCUCUUUUCUGAAAGAAGGGAUCCACGUUCGACUAAGUGGACAGGAUGUGGAAAGGGGUACUUUUAGCCAUCGUCAUCACGUGCUUCACGAUCAAGAAGUUGACAAGAGGACAUGCGUUCCCAUGAAUCACCUCUGGGAGCAGCAGGCCCCCUAUACUGUGUGCAACAGCUCCCUUUCGGAAUAUGGCGUCUUAGGUUUUGAACUUGGCUUUGCUAUGGCAAGUCCCAACGCCCUGGUGUGCUGGGAGGCCCAGUUUGGCGACUUUCACAACACAGCCCAGUGUAUCAUAGACCAGUUCAUCAGCUCAGGCCAGGCUAAGUGGGUUCGUCACAACGGGAUUGUUCUGCUCUUGCCACAUGGGAUGGAAGGAAUGGGUCCAGAGCAUUCCUCGGCGAGGCCUGAGAGGUUUCUACAGAUGAGCAAUGAUGAUUCUGAUGCUUAUCCAGAGUUCACUGAACAGUUUGAAGUUUCCCAGCUGUAUGAAUGCAACUGGAUUGUGGUGAAUUGUUCAACUCCAGCCAAUUACUUUCAUGUCCUCAGAAGACAGAUCUUGCUGCCGUUCAGAAAACCGCUGAUUGUCUUGACACCCAAGUCACUGCUGAGGCAUCCAGAAGCUAAAUCCAGUUUUGAUGAAAUGAUAUCUGGUACCACUUUCCAACGUGUGAUUCCUGAGAAUGGGCUGGCAACUCAUGCGCCAAAUGAGGUCAGGCGAGUGAUUUUCUGCACGGGGAAAGUGUACUACGAUCUUGUGAAAGAGAGAAAGAAUCAAGACUUGGAGAAACAAGUGGCUAUAACUAGAUUGGAACAGAUCUCACCAUUCCCCUUUGACCUGCUGAAAGAAGAGCUUGAGAAGUAUCCAGGGGCUGAUCUAGUUUGGUGUCAGGAGGAACACAAGAACAGUGGAUAUUAUGAUUAUGUCAAACCUCGUUUCCGCACUAUUGUGAACCACACUCGACCUAUAUGGUAUGUUGGCCGAGAGCCUGCUGCUGCUGCCGCCACAGGCAACAAGAACACUCAUCUGGUGUCGCUCAGAAGAUUCUUGGAUACAGCUUUCAACCUGGAGGCCUUUGAGGGAAAGACAUUCUAACUACAGGACACCAGCUCAUCUCCAUCUAGUAGUGUUAUAAAUUGCUGCAUCUGAAAGAGGAAAUGAGAUCGAAUGGGAAAAAUACUGGAAAAGUUUGUGUUUUUGCUUUAUUAGUUUAAAGGAUCCACCAGCUGCCUUCAAUACUCUGCAUCUUGUUCCCCAGUUUGUUUUUAAAAAAAAGAAAAAAAAGGGGGGAAGGGGAGAGGAAACAAUCCUACUUAUCUUCCACUGUUUUUUGUCACUUGUCUAUUUAGAUUCAGUACUCUUUGGGACAAAGAGUGUCUCCUAUCCGUGGAUCCAAUGUCUGCGGGCACUGUCUAAUUACUGUAAGUAAGCAUGAUGCAGUUAUGCAGAUCACUGAAAAAGAAGAGGGUGAGUUUCGGAGCCACUAAAGAAACAAGAUGUGUUUUUUGUUCUAGGUAAAAAUGGUUGACAGUUAUUUCUAGAUGUGUCGGAGAGGAGUAAUGAAGCCAAAAAGUAAAGGGUGCUAUCAUCAAGCUGAUAGAUGACUUUAGUAGAGAAAUGUACUGGCUGUCGGGAUUGAAAAAAGGUGGCAAGGUAGCCUGGUGAUGUGAGAAAAGAGAUCGGAAAUAGAGUUACAUUACAAAGUCAGUAGUCCAUAGGUGAUAAUAAAAGCAGUGUGCACCACUUAGGUAUAAGGUGGAGGAGGGUGCAGGAGAAAGAAACAGAAGGGGACCAAGAACUGUAGGGGAUAGAUAGCUGAGGAAGGAAGAAGUCUGCACAAGACCAGAGCUUGCAGCAGUGCGUGAUCAACAGGAGAGUGCAGCAGCAAAGUGCUGGACAAAUGACUUCAAAAGGAAGAAGGUGACAGUGCCAGCUGUUGCCAUUCUCUGGGCUGCCUGAUUUGAUGUACUGUGGUGUGUAGAGAACUGUGGGGUCCUCCUGUGGACACCUCUUUGGAUGGACUCUUCUUCCCCAGACUACAGAAAGCUGCUUCUCUUUGACCUGGUAGCACCUGGACAAAGAUUGUAUCUUGAUGGAAAAUCUGUGUUUGCUCAGCAGGUGGUGGGCUCUCUGCUUUGUCCGCUGCUAAUCUCUGCCUCAGAUCUCCCUGCUGAUACUAAUUUAACUCUGAAGUGGCAAUUCCUGGUUUAAAUGCCCUUUUUUAUUUUAAGAGGAAAGUGGGCAGGCAGCAGUUGCUGAUUGACCAAAGGCACAUGCUGUGUUUUUGUAUGAGUAGUAAUUGAUUUUUUUUCUUUGUUUUUACCUGUCUAUUAGAAUACCAAUUGCCAUGUACUUUUCAGUAUGGAGAUAAAAGUGAACUGCUUCUAAGAACUGGCUCUGUGUAAAACAGGCGAUGCAUGGCAGGUCCAUGAGCUGAGGGUCUGUGACUGGGAACAGCAGGGGGUUGCUUUACUUCUAGGGAGAUAGUGGUUGCUUGGCUUCGUUGGAGAUGUAGUGUAGUGAGGUGGCCUGAGAGUGCUUUGACAGCACUCUGUCUGCAGUUCUAGAAGGUGGGUAGGCACAGCUUUCCUUUCCCCUCUCAAUCUAAGAUUUAGUGUUGUCAGAAGUCCGGUUCCCUCUGCCCCAGGAGCACUUGGGUCUGGGUUGACCUUGUGACUGUAGGUUUCUGCAACGCUCUGGACUAUUUAGUAGGAAGAGAUGUUUUCCUUCCUUUCUGCUGGCUGUCAGAAGGAACUGCACAUUUAACAGGACAAGCGGUGUAGUAGGAAGCAGAGGAAUGGCCGUGCUUUUAUCCAGGUAGGAAAAGGUAAUGCCCUGCACAAGGGCCUUGUUCUGCUGUGGUGCCUGGAGGGCUAUGAUAGAUCAGGUGAGCUGCUGCUUUCGUACACCAUAGUUAGUGGCUGGAAAACACAAGGAUGAGAUUUCACCCCCAUUCCCAGUUCCCUGUUCUGAGUGUGCUCUUGGGACGUUCUUAAGUUCUUGGCAAUAAGUUUUGCCCUCCUGUUGCUAUUGCUAUUUUGGCUGUGCUAUAAGAAGGUUUAAUGGCUUAUGCCUGAUUCAGAGAGUCUGGUGAUGCUGGAAAGCUGCUUGUCUUAUCAAAAUAAAAAGCUUUAUUAAAACCUUUCAACUAUGAUCAUCCACUAGUAGUACAAGCAGGAUACCAAAAAGGGGUGCCUGUCUCAUGCCGUCCCUUCAUUUGGCCUGGAGACAGCAUGAUGGUAAAAAAUCCUUUUGUCAUAGCAGAAAAUUGAUGUGGCAAGGUACUUAUCAUGGGCUGAAGAACCAAACUUAGCCUGAUGUUUGUGAACAUCUGUAGCAUCCUUUUAAAUUAGGCUGGUUGCCUUGGGCUUUUUCUCUCAUUGAAACAUUGCAAUUAAUUUAGUCUUUUGAAACUUAAUGAACUUAUUACUUCAGUUGACAGCAGCAAAGAUUGUUUCCUGUCCAUUUCUAUAGCUCAAAACAUUAAGCUGAUAGGCAGUAACUGUCACCCGAAGUAUUUUAAUGCUUUUAUGAACGCUUGUUUCUGCAGCAAGAAUGUGUGCUGCUAGAUAUUGCUGGCACCAUUUAUUGUAUUCUCCGCUUGCAUAAGGUAGGUCAGUGCUGCAUGAAAUAUGAUAAAUGCACUUAUCCCACAGCAUGUGUGGAGGUAGAAAAUGACAACGAAAGAAAUAGAAAUAUAAGUGGUAAAUGGCAGGUUUCCAUUUUCAUUGUGUAUAAUAGAAUGUGGCAUAACAGUUGUGUAAAAAUUCCAUCGAAGAAUGUAAAAAAAAAAAAAAAAAUUAAAAA